AUGAGAACUGCAACGGCGAGGUUCCACUCCCUUCACGAGCAUUCAGAGAAGGUUGUAAUCAAUGAUUCACGUCCUUCCCCAUUGAUGAUCAACAAACACUCCCAUUUGAUUCGCAAGCCUCCUUCUUCAUCUUCAUCUUUCAAAUCUUUUGAGAACCCUAUCAUCAUCUACACCGAAUCACCAAAGGUUUUCCACACCAAACCCCGAGAUUUCAUGGCCCUUGUUCAAAGACUAACCGGCAUCACACACUCCAACCAAGAUGACAACCUCAACCCACAAUUUGAUGCAUCUGAGAAUUACGAGCCUUUUUUGUUUGAUAGGUCUAAGCCCAACAUCAGUGUGAAGGCCCAAGCUAAGGAGCAGAAUGUUUCUUGUGCUGGUGAUAAAACAAACUCAGCUUUAAGGGAAAGUGAUGAUGAAAUUUGUGUUAAGCAAGAGCCGUUUGUUCAACAUAGUUAUUGUAAUCUGGGCUUUGCUGAUGUGCCACUUUUCACACCAACUUCCGUAUAUAAAUAUUCUGAUACUCCAUUUGGGUUUUUGGGUAGUUUGCUAUCUCCUUCCGGAUUGGAAGUCUUGAGAGAAUUGCCUGAAUAUUAA